AUGUCCGAAAACCAGCAUACACUCAACCCUGUGAGACGACGGCGCAGGAGGUUAACCGAUGACGGAGAAGAUCGAUUGAGUUCACUUCCUGACGCAAUCCUCACCGAAAUCCUAUCUUGCCUUCCAAUCAAUUCCGCCGCUACCACCUCCGUCUUAUCCCGCCGUUGGCGCCACCUCUGGACCGGAGUCACUCGCUUUGAGAUCUACAAUAUCAAAUCACGAUACCCUCCCGACUUCCUCAGCAUCGUCAGCAACAUCUUAAUGCAUCUGACUUCCCCGAAAAUCGACGUGUUCAAAAUUCAGGUCAGGUCCAUAAUUACUUUAGUUAUUGAACUUGAUGAACUAGAAUCAUUCUUUCAUGAAAUUUGCCGCCGAAAUGUACAGCAAUUGAUUUGUAAUGGAGAAGAGUAUUGUGAUAAAUACUUUCCAGUUCCUACUUGCUUGCUUAGUUGUCAAUCUCUGGUAACUUUGGAAUUGUUUGGUUCGCUAGAGUAUGAUUGGGAGAAAAAUAAAAAUAGAGAUGUUCAACUUAAACUUCCUAAUCUGAAGAAGCUUACUUUCUGCUACCUUCGACAAGUGCCUCCUUGGUUAGAUUCUUUAUCUGAAUCUUCACCAUUGUUGGAAGAAUUAACUUUGAUGUUUGCUCUCUUUGGUUAUAGGCAGCUUCCAAACACAAUGCCUCUUCUUAAUCUUAGUUUCCCGAAUUUAAAGUCUUUGAAUUUGAUGGUUGAGGCUUGUUAUGAGGAACCGGGUGUUGAUGUGAUAUCUAUUGAUGCACCCAAAUUAACACACCUUCAAAUAAAUCAUAUAUUUGGUUACCAUUUAGGGCCUUUACCCUACAAGUUUUGCCAUAAUCCAACUGCAUUAGUCAAAGCGUGCAUUAACUUCUAUUAUAGGGAUAAAGAUGAAGUUGAAGAUGAAAAUGAAGAUGAAGUUGAAGAUGAGGAUGAGGAUGAGGAGAUUCACUGGUUCUUUGAAUUUUUCAGAGGAAUGUCUAGUAUAUACAACCUUGAACUAAAGUUGCAGCAGUAUUGUAAUGUAUUCACUGACCUGUCUGUGAAUGUGAAUCUGCUCAUGUUUUCAAAUCUUGUCCAUCUUACAACAACCUUGGAUAGGGUUGAUCUCAAUGGUUGCAAGGAUUUGUUGGUUUCGCUGCAAUGCUUCCCCAACUUGAAGCAUCUUCAUGUAAAGCUCGAAGAAAUGGAUUAUGGUAGCAAAAUGAAGCACAGGAAUUGGCAUGCACCAGACAUUGUACCUAGUUGUUUGAUGAGUAAGCUCAAGACGAUAGAUAUAAAGGGACUACAACUUAGUGGGAGUAUUGGUGGGCUCAAGUUGCUAGGGUACAUUCUAGGUAAUGCAAAAGUUUUGGAAAAGCUUUACUUAGAAGAUGUUUGGUUUCAUGAACGUACUAAACAAGAAACACUCUGGACGGAAUGUGAGUUCUGUAGGUCCUUGUAUAAGCUUCCAAGGAGCUCAUCGACUUGUGAGGUGGUGUUUUCGGGUAGGUUUAUUACAUCUUCAAGUAAUACUUUCAAAAAUGGAAGGCUUACCUUUCAAUGA